GAAGGAGGGCAGAGGCUGCUUUCAUGCUGGCAGGGACCCACCGCCGGCUCAGAUGGGAAACUCCUGUGCAAGCGCCCCCUGUUCCCCUGGGAAGGCGGCGAGGGAGGGAGGUCCGCCAGGCCAAUGUAUAUAUAUAGCCCAAGGCGGUGCAACCCUGGGCAAGCCAGCCGCUUCCAUGCAGCGCCAUGCAGCUCCCAUCCCUCUGCCUUCUCGCGGGGCUGAUCGUCUCAGUGGCCAAGCCAGGGCUGGGAGCAGGCGCUGAAAAGGGAAGCCCGCUGCCCUCAACUCCUGCCUCUGCCCUGGAGAAAGCUGGACUGUGCCCACCAGGGAGGAAUCAGGAUGCCCAGCCCUCCGAGGUCUUCUGCCUCUCCGACGCUUCCUGUCCCGGCAGUGAGAAGUGCUGCAACAUGGGGACUCUGAGGAUCUGUGCGCAUCCUGCAAUGGUGAGCCCAGGCUACUGUCCAAAGCUCUGCUCUGGACUGAAGGAGGCCUGCCAUGUGAGCUGUCUGGAUGACACCUGGUGUGGCCCCGGGGAGAAGUGCUGCCCUGACGAUUGCCACAUGCGCUGUGUGGCAGCUGCCCCAGUUAGGCCUGGCAUCUGCCCACGGAGGAUGGCAUGGCCAAAUGGCACCCCCUGCCGGAACCAAUGCGAAGAUGACAGAGACUGCCCUGAGGACCAGAAGUGCUGCUUCGCUGGCUGUGGCCUUCAAUGCCUGAACCUCUCUGCAGAAAAUCCCGCUCCGUGUUCAGAGGCACCAGCCGAAACCACUCCAAAGAGCUGCAUCGAUUUCUGCAGGGAUCACUUUGACUGCCCAGCAGGCGAGAAGUGCAUCACUACGGACUGUGGCUUCAAGUGUUCAGGGCUUCUCCCAGCUGCAACCAAAAGAAACACAGCGGCGCCGACACUCGUGGGACCCACCUCAGCCACCGUUUAUGCACCUGGCCAGCCGGGCAAGGGCCCCAUCCUGACCCCCCCACCUGCAGCUGCAACCAAAACAAACACAGUGGCGCCAACACUCGUGGGACCCACCUCAGCCGCCGUUUACGCACCUGGCCAGUCGGGCGAGGGCUCCAUCCUGACCCCCCCACCUGCAGAGGCAGAGCGGCCUGGAGCCUGUCCUGUCGUGCCCCCAAAUACCCCACGGUGGUGCUGGCAGGGGUGUAGGGCUGACAGUGAGUGCCCCGGAGCAAGGAAGUGUUGCUGGAAUGGCUGUGCCCGCGUCUGUUUGGUGCCUCUCCUGGUGAAGCCCGGAGCGUGUCCUUUGCAGCUCAGGGGCUCCAUGGGGCCUUGCCCGGAACCAUCCCUGAAGAACUGCAGCCAUGACUUUGACUGCGAGGGCACCAAGAAAUGCUGCUCCGUCAGCUGCACCAAUGUCUGCAAGGAGGCGGAAGAAGUGCGCCCUGGGACCUGCCCCCUCCAAGCUGCAAAGAGCCAGGAGCCAGACUGCUCCACCUUGACCUUCUGCGUCAGAGACAACGAUUGCUCCGGGCCCAGCGAGAAGUGCUGCUGGCUGAGUUGCGGGUGGGUCUGCCUGGCUGUCACAGAUAGUCCAGCUAUGGAACCACCAACAUUCAGCGCUGAAGCCCAGACAGAACUUGGAGCCACAGGGGCUCCAACUCUGACACCUCUUCUGAGGAAAACAGAGAAGCCAACAGAGUCACCAAUAUCAGCAGCAAAACCCGGCCAUUGCAGGGAGUCGGCAUACAAGUGUGGGAAGACAAUGCUCACCCAUGAAUGCAAGAGCGAUAGCAGCUGCAGUGGGACCAUGAAGUGCUGCCUGAGUGGCUGUUCCUGGAAGUGUGUGGAGCCAGGUGUGAUGUCCAAGAAGGCCUCUAUCUACAGAGUUCAUAAAUAGCCAGUAGAACCCAUAGACUGCUUAAAAUGAAGUAAAUAUUUCACCUGGAACUUAACCCCCUUAUUUUAACUGUUGACACUGUUAUGCUGAAACUGAAGGGAACAAAUAAAGUUCAGUAUUUAA